AUGUUUCUCAACCUGAUGAGACAACUAGCCAACAUCCUCGUACAACUCGCCUUACAAUUAUUUUGGGCGACAUCUUCCGUAAAAGCACUCUUGUUUGAGAGCCUUUUAAUGACCCGUUUUAUCGAAAUGGCUGGUUCUCUCAUACUUCAUCCUCCCCAGGAGAACGAACAGGCUAUCAAAAAAUUCUCUAUUACUCUUUUUUUUGGUGCACUGGGCAUUCUUGCUUGUAUUCAUGAUUGGGGGGUGUAUUCUGAUGAUUUUGGCAAAUGUCGGCGACCACUUUGUAUCUUGUGUGAACCACGGUAUAAAUAUCCCGAUCGGCAUUGGCGUAUUAUAUUAUACAACGAUGCGUGUUUCGGCGUCGAUAGUUGGUAA